AUGCCGUUCGCAAGGAUACAAGUGAGGGUUGCAUCCAGCAUCCGAGCGUUCUCGACGUCUCGUGUGCUUGGGUCAGAGCUCUCGUAUCAGGUUUUUGGCCCAGAAAAGGAACAAGCCAGCCGAAAUCCGAUUGUCUUCUUGCACGGUCUCUUCGGCUCAAAACAGAACAACAGAAGUAUCAGCAAGGUUCUUGCACGUGACCUCAAGCGGCAGGUCUUCACUCUGGAUUUGCGGAAUCAUGGCCACUCAUUCCAUCAUAAAGAGCAUAACUAUUCCGUCAUGGCCGAAGACGUGGAGAAAUUCAUCCACCAGCAUGAUCUGGCUAAGUGUGUCCUGAUUGGUCAUUCCAUGGGAGCAAAGACUGCAAUGGCGGUUGCUCUACAAUCGUCUGAUCUAGUUUCGGCCCUCAUACCUGUCGACAAUGCUCCUGUCAACGCUCCUCUGAAAAGUGACUUCGGAAAGUACGUGCGAGGCAUGCAAGAUGUCGAGUCACAAGAAGUCACCAAGCAGUCAGAUGCCGACAAGAUCCUAAAAGAAUACGAGAUCGUAAGUUUCUGCUUCUCGCACUCGGAGCAGGCCGUGGAUAAAAAGACCAAACUCACACCGUUUGCACAGUCCCUCCCCAUCCGUCAAUUCCUCUUGACCAACCUGGUCCGCGCGGAAGAUAGUCAGAAGAUGAAAUUCCGUAUCCCUCUUUCGGUGCUGGGACCGGCUAUUGGUGCCAUGGCUGACUUCCCCAUCCGCGAACCGGGAUCCAUCACUUAUGAUGGGCCGACGCUCUUCGUCAGAGGCACGAAGAGCAAGUAUGUCAGCGACGACACGGUCCCUGUCAUCAAGAAGUUCUUCCCCAAUGCUGAGAUAGCGGAUGUUGAGGCAGGUCAUUGGUUGAUCUCGGAGAAUCCAGAGGCUUUCAGGCAAGCUGUUGUGAAGUUCUUGCAAGAUCUUCCCUAG